AUGCAAUCGAAUAAUAAAGAAGCUCAAAUACUCUUAGCUAUCGAAGCUAUUCGAAAAGAUAAAAAAUUAAGCAUUCGGAAGGUUGUAAAGCUAUAUAAUACAUCGUAUACAAUACUUAUCCGCAGAAUGAAUGGUUUAACCCCUCGUAUGGAAUUUCGAUCAAAAAGCCAUAAUUUGAUUGAUUUGGAAGAGGAAGUACUUAUUCAAUAUAUACUCGAUAUGGAAGAGAGAGGAUUUAGUCCUCGAAUAAGUGAUGUGGAAGAUAUGGCGAAUUAUAUACUUGAAACAUGGGGUGUGAAGAAGGUUGGAAAGCUCUGGGCUCAUCGCUUUGUGAAAUAA